AAACUUUUUUCUCUUUAUCAGAUUCCAGCCAAGUUAAAAGAAGCUUUAAGGAUUGCCAAAGAAUGUAUAGAGAAGAGGCUAGUAGAAGAACAGAAACUGAUUCAUCAGCACAGAAGAUUGACGAGAGCUCAGUCGCAUCAUGGGUCAGAAGAAGAGAAAAAAAGGAGGAAAAUCUUGGCACGGAAAAAAUCUAAACGUUCAGCCUUUGAGAGCGGAGAAGACCAGUCGAUAAAAUACAGCAACUCAAACAAUUCAGGGUCUGGCACAAGUUCCCCUCUAACAUCACCUUCCUCUCCUGUUCCUCCUCCUACAGCAGCAGGUGCCUCAACAAUUCCAUCACCACCACCACCACCACCACCACCACCAGCUCCUGGUCCUCCUCCUAACGUGGAUGUGCCAACUCCCCCUGAGCUGCAGCCUGUGAACAGCACAAACAGGAGCGCCUUACUCAGUUCCAUUCAGAAUUUCCAGAAAGCAGCUUUGAAGAAAAGAGAAACCUAUGACCACAGUGCUCCCAGAAUCAGCUGAAGUUGUUUACAAAUCAAAUUGGAUAUAUUUUCUAUUUCUGUCCUCAGAACCAGUCUUUCCUGUAAUCAUUUGACCUAGCCACUCUGUUUAGUCAUUUCAAACUCCCCCCCCCCCCUAAAGUAAUAUAAUUGAAUAACUAUGAUCAGAGUCUUUGGCUUGUGUUGAAGGGUGAAAAGAUCCCAUGUAGAGAUUUCUUUUUGGUGGAAUCUUUCUUGGGAUGGAUAUUAUUUCUUCUGAUAGAGUGACCAUUUAAAUUCUGAGGCUUGCUUUUUGAAAAAGGAUGAAUUAUAAACCCUGGCCCAUUGAUGUUAGCUGUACUGUACUAAGUUACUUCAGCAAUGUUGGAAAAUAUGGCAAUGCUGAUAUAUUUUUUUUGUCCUGCAAAACGCAGGUAAUCCAUGGAUUAUUCAAAGUUUAGAAGUACAGCUCCCAAUGCGACUCAAUUUAGAAAGAGGGCAUUAAAUUAUGCCAUUAGACUUGAGAUUAAAUUGGAUAUCAAGCUACUUACCUAUGCAGGGUUUCCAUUAAUUCAAAUUUAACCUCAAUGUAUGAUUUAUUAUUGGGCUGGGGUGUUUAAAAAAAACCUACAUAAGUUUAAUGUUUUAGUGAAAAAAUGUCAUUUUUCUGAUUUGUUGAAAAUCUUAAAUUGCACUUUAAGGAUUAUUAGUAAUCCAUUUUUAAAGUCAAGUAUGUGUCAGUGUUUGUUCCUAUGCAGACAAUGUCAUUGUGUAGAAGAGUUGAUGUAGUCUGAAAUAUACUCAUAUUUUUAUUAAAAUGUCAAUAGAAUUUCAUUGAUGUUGGAAGAAAAUAAAUCUGCUUAAUCUUUCAGUAGUACUGCUAAACAUGGUAAAGCAUAAAUG